CUAUGAGGAAGAAGAAUUUGAGGAACCCGGUAAGUCACGCGCUGAUUCAGAAGAUCCAACUGAAACAAUAGACGGACCUUCUCUGUUGUCCUACGAAGAACCAGACUUGAAGCCGGCAGAUCAAAUGGUUUCGUUCGAGAACGAAUCCCUGCCUCCCGCCCAAUCAGAAGUAAAGCCGGUGACGCCCGAAGAAGAGGUUAACGUGGCUGUAGACGUAGGGCAUGCUACAUCCCUUAAACCAGAAAAAGACAUACUGACUAGCUGGGGGGACACUUUCUUCGCCAUCGUAAGCGGUGGGGAACAUACAAGAGAAGUCACCGAUCUGGAUGGAACUGACUCAGAAGAGGAAAACGAGGAUGACUUCAUUUCUGAAAGCUCUGAAUUGGAAGACGAAAACGUCUACUUAAUUGGCAUGGAAAAAGACAGUAUAGGACAAAAUAAAAAUAUGGAGUACCUAAACAAUAAUGAAGAUUUCUUCUUGACCAAGGAAGACUAUGAACGAUCACCAGAAGAAACCGUGUCCGACAUUAAAGAUGAAGAAUCGUUGAAAAUCGAUGAAAAGCUGAAUUCCACGUCUGCAGAUGAGAUUAAUCUUCUUUCUAAUGACUCUGCGCUGUCUGUUUUAGAGAAUGAUGCUGAACCCGAGUUACUUAAAGAAAACCAAGACCUGUUCAACCAUCCCCUUGGGAAGCCAGAAGAAACCGAAGCUGUGGAUGAAGGAGGCAAAGAGGAUGAGGAACCUUUAUCAAAGGAUGAAGCGGUUCCUGGCAAUAUUGAUGGGAAAGACGGUGAAAAUGAUGCGUAUCAAGAGCUGAAGAAUGAACUAGGGAAGGCUUUGCAGGACAUGGAAAAUGUCACCGAUACUGUGGAAAGUGAGGUGGAAAAAGACCAGCUUCCGGGAAGCUCACAUACAGAAGAUGACCAGCUAUCUGCGAACACGAUAGAUUCUCGGUUGGAGAAUUCAGAUCUACCUUCUGCGGACUCGGAGAAAAAAGAAGUCGCGGAAGAGGAGGGAUUGACUAUAAAUCAGGAUUCUGUGAGCACAGAAGUUCCAGAAGAUAAGUCGAUAAACGCGUUUUCUGAGGAGUUACCAGAUGAGUCGGAAAAUGUAAAGUCAGAAGAGCCCCUCGUAGGAAGUAAGGAGGAGGAAAAAAACUCGGUCAGGGUAGAAACAGACUCAGCGGACCCAUUGUUAUUAAAUGACGACAAACAUAGUAAUGAUGAACGUUCUACAGAUGAACUGCCAAACACGCCCCAGAACACCGAGUCAGAAAGUCCCACUUCCGAGCAGGAAAAAACUGCCGAAAGUGAAUUUGUGCAAGCAGAAGCGUCUCCAAGCAAAGCAUCCGACGAAAACACCGGAACAGAAGAGAUUUCUUUAAACAAGGAAUCAGAUGAAAAUGUGAACGUGCCUUCGUCUUCUGUAGAAACCAACCCGUCUCCCCAAACCGAGGCCGAUUUAGAAUCCAAAUCUACGGAAGCCGAGAAUGCCAGCAACGCUGAAUCAGAGCAAAAGAAAUCGGAUAACGACCCAAAAUCAGAAUCAGAAGACCUUAAACGUUCGCUUAAUGUAGCUAAUGUUACAACAGAACCCGAGCAAGGCCACGGAGAUGAAGUGUCCGCAAAUGUAGAAGAACCUCUUGGUUCGAAAUUAACCGAUGAGGAAAGAGAAGAGAAAGAAGAUCUAGAUGAGGAACAGGGGUUGCUUGAAGAUGAAAACGCUAAAAAGGCAAUGCAAUCCAGAACGCUUCAAGAACUGAGUAGUUCUGCUCAAGAAGAAAAUGAGCCGGCACAGGGGGCAGUGGUUGGAAAUGCAGAUCCAGAAAAUAAAGUCCCCAUGCAGGACACAACCGGUGGAAACGGUAUCCCUGAGAGAAAAGAAGUGGAGACUGGUGGAGAAACCGAAUAUUCAAAGACCGAAGAUGUAGGAGAAGUUCAAAGAGGUGGAAACCAUAAUCCUGAGAGAAAAGAAGUGGAGACUGGUGGAGAAACCGAAUAUUCAAAGACAGAAGAUGUAGGAGAAGUUCAAAGAGGUGGAAACAAUAAUCCUGAGAGAAAAGAAGUGGAGGCUGAUGGAGAAAACCAAUAUUCAAAGACAGAAGAUGUAGGAGAAGUUCGAGAUCCUUUAGAAAAUGAGGGCAAAUUGAGUGAAAAUGACCUUCACGAUGCUGACCAUUUCAAAAAAACAAUGGAAAUUAUUCCAGAAAAGGUGGAAAUUCCAGAUCAAGAAACCACAGAAAGUCCUAUUAUACCUGAUGAAAAAAGACAGGAACAUACCUCAGAACACGAAAACAGUAAGGAGGAAACACUUCCUGAUGAUCCCAUGUCUGUGGGAAACAAAACAGAAGAACCAGAAACAGAAGAACCGUCUUAUAUUAAAAGUAUCACAGAGCUUUCUAUUAUGAGGGAGCACCUGGAUGAAAACAGCAUUGAACAGUUUAAUAAAUACCUUACUUCCGAGAACGUCUUCAGAGUGGAAGCCAUGUUUCAGGACAUGGAAACCGAGCUGAAACUUGCGCGUGCGGAAAACGUGCGACAAGAUUAUAUCGACAAAGCCCUGGAUCAGAUAUUGGAAUCCUCAGAAACGAGCAUUCUGGAUUUCAUUGAAAGAAUCUUGGACGCCAGGGAGGUCAGCGACGAGGACAUGCUGGCAACGGAAAAGCAGAUGUUUGACGAAGAAGCCAUGCUUUUGGAGGAUAUCCAAGAAGUGGCUUAUAGGCUAAGGCAAAAAUAUUCAACGUACGGCGACAGCUCUUUCCUCGCUCCGGAACAUGAAGUUCCAGAACCGGCUGAAAAGGCACAGGAGGAAGAUAAACCGCAAAGCAAUAAUGAUAACAACAUCGGCCAAGACGCUCCAGAGACCCCUGAGCUGGCUCCUCAAUCGGACCCCGAGCCAGCUCCUCAGCCAGACCCCGAGCCGGCUCCACAACCAGACUCCGAGCUGACGACUCAACCGGACACUGAAGACGGAGAGGUGGAUGCAGUGAAUGUUCCAAACCAGCCCUUAGAACCCCCUUUUAAAGUGGAAGAAGUGGAGACGGAGAACGCCGGCCCUCUGCAGACCUCCCAGGCACCCGAGGAUUCAGUUAUUCCUGAAGAAACAAAAUCUGAUGGCAAGGAAGAGCCUGCUACAGACACUGUGUUGGAAGAUGAAGUCGAGGCAGAGAAGAAGAAUGAGGAAAUUACGAAGUAUGUAACGCAAAUUGUGUCAUCCAUGGGCGACGCUCUGCUAACCACGAGACAAUCUCUGGGUCCUGUCGCUGGAGCGCUUAUUUCUGCGCUGCCAGAAGACCUCCGGCCCGGUGAGGAUUUCCACGGCGUUCAGUGGGAAGCGGUGAUCGUAACCGCCUUGGUUGGAAUCAUCACACUUUUGAUCUUCUUUUGGAGAACCUGCCUCUCGGUAAAAAGCAGAAUUUAUCAAGUGAACGAAAAGCAACUUGCUGAGAAAAUCGCCAAUCUGAUAAAAGAAAAGAGCGAGGCUUUAGAAAAGAUUUCCGAGUAUGAGCGAAAGAUUAAGGAAGCGAAGGAAACGGAGACCACGGCCCAGAAGAAAAGUAGCAGCCUCUUAACGGAAGCCGAAGCACUGAGGGUGACCGUAAAGGAGCUAAAGAAUAACAACAAAGCCUUGGAUUCCAAAAUGAAGACCUUAAUGAAUGAGCUGGAAUGUCAAAAACAAGAGAACAAGAAGAAGCAGGAGAUGGUCUUCGACAACCAGAAAUCCGUGAAGCAGCUGGAAGAACAGCUUGAGCAGCACACAGCCGAGCUGUCAGAGCUCCAGUUGGCUUUAAACGAAGCCAAGCUAAAGGAACAUAAAGCGCGAUCAGAUCUGCGCAGCGUGCAGGAGGAGAACACGAGGCUGAAGGAAAGGAAGGAACAGCUAUUGAAGGAAGCCGAGGGCUGGAGCGAGAGGCAGCGGGAGCUCGAUGAACAGAUACAACUACAGCAGAAAUCCCACAAAGACCUGGAGGAAGCUCUGGCCUACAAAGAAAACGAGAUUGAGGUUCUGACAAAUUGCAUCAUGCAGUUGAAGCAGUUGGAGGAGGACUCUGCGAGGGAUGAUAACCGGGAAGCGGAAGGAGAUGGAGAGCUGGCCAACGGAGAACUUCCAGAUAAACGCAAAGAGAAGAUGAAGAAUCAGAUUAAGCAGAUGAUGGAUGUCUCGCGGGUAAAAACAACCCUGUCUAUAAUCGAGGAAGAAAAAGAUCUCUACCAAAGAAAACUGUGUGAUGAAGUUUCUGCCCGCCAUGAGUUGGAAGAGCAAAUUAAGCAACUUCAGCACGACGGCAGCACCUUGGAGUCCGACAAGAAUCGCCUGGACAGUGAGUGCCGGACCCUGCGUCAGAAAGUGGAGAUUCUCACCGAGCUGUAUCAGCAGAAGGAGAUGGCGUUGCACAAGAAACUUACCCAGGAGGAGUACGAGCGCCAAGAAAAGGAGCAGAAGCUGUCCGUGGCCGAUGAAAAGGCUAUUCUGGCCGGGGAAGAAGUGAAGAUCUACAAGCAGAGAAUUCAGGAAAUGGAAGAGGAAUUGCAGAAAACGGAGAAAUCUUAUAAGAACCAGAUUGCCGGCCAUGAGAAGAAGGCACACGAGAACUGGCUCAUCGCCCGGACCGCAGAAAGAACUUUGGCUGAAGAGAAAAGAGAGUGUGCAAAUCUGAGACAAAAACUAAUUGAAGUAAACCAAAGAGUAGCAGCCCUCCAGAGACCAUCCAUUGUAAAGCCCACUCCAGGAAGACCAGACCACCAGCCUCCUCUGCGGCGAGGUGCCGUGAGCAGGGAUGGCUCGUUUGGUCCUUCGCCCGUAAGCGGAGGGGCUCCGUCUCCUCCCAUGAUGAUGGAGGCGCCUGGCCGGUCAGCAUCCGCCAACCUCAGCCGAUCGGAUUCUCUCAAAGGAGACUCGGGUAUAAUGGAUGCCCCUCCGGGUCCCAGACGCCCUCCUUCUGACGUAUCCGGAAGAACAUCUGCUCCCGUGGAUCUUGGUCACUCUGCACUGAACGCCGGACCCAGAACCUCCUCGCCUGCAAUUAGCGCAGAUGGAAUGCCCAAUGAGUCUGAGUCGUCCAGUAUGCCUGCUAAUCCUCCGUCUAAGGAAGCUGCCGAGGUCGUCUCAGGAGCCAGAGGGCCACCUUCGUUUCCCGGAACACCUGUAAUGAACUCACCUGCGGCGGCUCCUCUGAUGUCACAGCCUCCUGCUCGUUUGAUUGGUCAGCCUCCUCCCAGAGGGCAAUAUGGACCCCGACCCCUGCCUCCGCAGCAAUUACGUGGACCCUCACCAGGAAUGAGAGAUUUCCCUCCAAGACCCUUGUUACCACCUGGCGCAAUUCCACCUGAUCCUAGGAGCUUUGCCCGUGCACCCCUUGGCCCUAGGGAGUAUCCCCCGGGUCCUGCUCCAUUUCCUGGUACCAGGGAUUAUCCUAUUCCACCCCCGGGAGCUCGGGACUUCCCGCCGGGACCUCCACCCCCGGGAGCUCGGGACUUCCCGCCGGGACCUCCACCACCUGGCGCUCAGGACUUCCCGCCGGGACCUCCACCCCCGGGAGCUCGAGACUUCCCACCGGGACCUCCACCCCCGGGAGCUCGAGACUUCCCGCCGGGACCUCCACCCCCGGGAGCAUGGGACUUCCCACGUGGACCUCCUCCCCCAGGAGUAAGGGAUUUCCCACCAAUACUGCCGCCUCCAGGAAGUAGAGAAUUUCUGCCAGGACCCCCUCCUGGAGCUAGAGAAUUCUUAGCUGGCCCACCUCAUCUAGGACCCAGAGUUUUCCGAGGAGGACCUGCUCCACUUGGCUCUAGAGAGAACAUACCAGACUUUCCUCAUGGAGUAAGAGACUUUGUGCAAGGUCCUACACCUAUGGGUGCCAGGGACUUCCCUCCAGGGUCCCAUCCUGGAUCUUUUCAAGGCCCAUCAGUGCCAGAACUGCGACCGCUCGCCCCAGGACAACAUCAACACCCACAGACAGACAAUGAAGCUACGGACAACCAUAAACCUUAGUCGCUGCUUAAAUAGACAUAAAUUGGUGCAGUGGGAAAAAAGCCCCUUCAGUUUCAAAAAUGGAAAAAAAUGUUACUGGUUUACAUUCAUUUCUGAUUUUUCAUUUUACCCGUCUUAUAUUUGCAAUAAAUAUUUUAGCCCUCUUUGAUAUCCCUGGAAUUUUUAACGGUUAAUUAUUGAAUGAAAAAUAUCGCUCAGAAAAUUUGAACUUCUUAAACCCGAUCAUUUCACAAUCUAAACGUGUGCAAUACAGAAAUGCCUUUUUGUGUGUGUGUGUUUUUGGAGGGGCUGAUAUUUUUGUUUUAUUUAAUGUAGCAAAUGUAACCAUUAUUUGUGAAAAAAAAUGAAUGUUAUAAAUCGUAAAAAAAAAAGACGUUUCCUGUGGAAAUAUAUUUUAUAAGAAUAGCAUUAUUCUGAUUGCUUUUCCACACACUGCUAGCUUAAAACGUUAUAUAUACCACUGGUUUACAUAGAAUUAAUGUUUUUAAACGUCUGGUACUGAAAAACCAGGACACACAACCCUGUUGGAAAAUAAUAAAUAUAAUAAAGUAGCAAAAUAUA